CUGUAUUCCGUACUAAUCACAGCCACUCAAGAGGUCACGUAUGGGGGAGUGGUUAGUUAGUUAGAACUUUUGUAUUUAAAGCAUUAAUGCUGAUUAUCCACCAGUCCUGUGGGGAACACCGGGGCUAGGUUUAUCCAGGGAAUGUCAUGAGUCAUCCUUAUUUCCUGCUUUGAACACAUACAAGGUACUGAAUGUUAUCACACACACACACACACACACACACACACUAAUUAAACUGUGUGUAUAGUGCUCUGGUAUUUCUGGAUGGAGCUCCUCCCUGUGUAAACACCAGCCCCAGAGUCAGUUCAUGAGAUCCUCGACUGCACCUGCUGGGAAUACGAGGACACCGGAUCAUGGAUCGUUAGCCUCAGGAAACUUUCAUCGAGGUUUAACGUGGCUCUGGUCAUCCUGGAGGUUGUUUUAGUGGACAAAAGGCGUCUCAUCAUUUGCUGGACUAAGAUCUCUGGACUGAGGUUUCUCAGGGAGCUCGGGAUUACAAAGUGACGAGAAGCAUCUUGUCUGAAACUUUCCAGGAACCUUCAUACUGGUGUGUUGGUGCUACUAUUAGAUGCUUCUAGAAGGUGGUAAGUAGAAGCUCUUUGGACUGAGGUUUCUCUGGAAUCUUCAACUGUUCAACAUUCCUCUGAUCUACUUUCCAGGAAGCUUCAGAUUGGUGUGGUGGUGAUGGUUACUCAAAAUGGGUUAUAAUAAACUUUUUUGAGCAACUUCUAAGGUAUGGAGUAGAUCUUUCUGAAGAUCUUAAGACUGAGGUUUCUAAGAUCUUGAGAUUUCAACAUCAAGUUACAACAUUGUUCUUGUCAUGACUUGUCAACUUUCCAUGAACCUUCAUACUGGUGUGUUGGAGCUACUGGAAAUCGUUUUAUUAGAUACUUCUAGAAGGUGGUAAAGUAAAAUGUAUACUGUAGAUCUUUCAGACGAUCUCUGGACUGCGGUUUCUCCAGAGUCUUGGGAUUACCAAGAUUUAUCAGCACCGUUCCUCUGAUCUACUUUUCAGGAAUCUUCAUACUGGUGUGUUGGUGCUACUGGAAAUUGUUUUUGUUAGACACUUCUAGAAGGUGGUUAAAUAGAAGGUAUACUGUAGAUCUUUCAGAAGCUCUCUGGACUGAGGUUUCCUGCAGGAUCUUUGGACAAUAGAAGUGCCUUCUGGAGAUCAUUUUGAAGAAAAACUAAUUUAGAACUGCACAGAGAUUCAUUUAGUGUAUGUUAAAUCACCUUAAGACAUCUUCUUCAAUGGCCGAUUCCUCUCCGUCACCAUUCUCCGCCUGGUUCUCCCAGCUCUCGGACACCAUCAAAGACUCCUUCCUUAGUCUCGGCCCCAAACCGAUCUCCGACCCCGAGCCUAAGGUCUCGGAGGUGAGCGACUCUCAGGUGGACGUCUCAUCCAUGAGUUCUGAGGAGAAGCUUCAGUUCCUGCAAGCCCAGCUGGCCUCCAGAGGUCUGGUAGAGCAGUCACAUGACCGCUUGACUCCCAUUCAUGAGGAAAUGGAGGAGGUGGAGAGCAGGAGAAGCACCAUGUCUUCACGUCCACCCAGUGCUGCUGCUGCUGCCUUUAGAGCUUCUUCAGCAGUGAACAGUUACGGGGAUGAUGGUGAGAUCUCCAGUUCCUCAGACAGCGAGGAGGAGAUCGUGAGGCGUUUUGAGAUCUCAGUCUCGCGUUCUCAGAGUUUCCGCUCCGGGAUCUCAGAGGUCACUACCCAGAGUGCAGCGGGGCAACAGCGCAAGUUCGAGAGACUGCUUCCUGAGCAGGAGGAAGAGGAGGGGGGCAGCACCGAACCGUCAGACUGUGAAGAUGGAGUUAGCAGGAGAAGUUUCCAGGACCCGCUGUCUGAACAGAGAGAUCCUCUGACAGAGUCACUGUACCAGAGAGACCUCAGUGUGCCGGACACUCCGACUCCGUCUGUUAGAGGACGCGUGUCCUCCGUGGGCUCUCAGGGGUCUGAGACGCUGUCCCGUGGUCAGAGGAGUCGUCAGGGGAGCGCCGGACGCCGCACUCCUCUCUCACACGGAGAGACGGACAUGGCACUGGAUAAUCCGGGGUACGAUUAUAACGAGGCUACAGACAGCUCGUCCACCUGGAGCCCCGAGCAUGAACGUGCAGCCAGCGUCAUCUCAGAGCCCCGCCCCUCUGUCUCAUCGCCCCGCCCGCCAAUCUCCAAAUGCGGUGAUCUUGUGAUCGUCCUCACGUACCGUCCCGACUCCUGUAAGCUCCUAGUCACCGUGGUGAUGGCGCAGGACAUCCCGGAUAAAGCUCGGAGCGGCAUGGACGCGUGGCAGGUGCGCGUGGUUCUGCUCCCGGGAAAACGCCAGCGCUACAAGACGUCCGUGCAGAGGGGAUCAACGCCACGGUUCGGGGAGACGUUCCGCUUCACGAGACUGGACACGUCGGAGCUGAACACAUCUGCACUGCGCUUCCGGCUGUACGCUCUGGGCAAGAUGAACCGGGAGAGGAUGAUGGGAGAAACCAUUUACACACUUAACAAACUCAACACCGAGAGACUGGAGGUCACGCUAGUACUGGAACCUCGCAGCAACCUGAAGGCUUUAGACUCCGAGCUGUGUGUGAGCGCUCCUCCUGAUGGCGUCUCCUCCAGCCAGUCUCUGUCUCACGGUGGAGUUCCUGAGCUGCUCCUUGGUCUGUCCUACAACCCCACCACCGGACGCCUCUCCGUUGAGGUCAUCAAAGGAAGCCACUUCCGCAACCUGGCACUUAACCGACCCCCAGAUACCUACGUGAAGCUGACUCUGCUCAACUCCAUGGGUCAGGAGAUAUCCCGGUGUAAGACCUCGGUGCGGCGCGGCCAUCCCAACCCCGUGUUCAAGGAGACCUUCGUCUUCCAGGUGGCGCUGUUCCAGCUCUCCGACGUCACGCUCAUGGCGGCCGUGUACAACCGACGCAACAUGAAGCGCAAGGAGAUGAUCGGCUGGCUGGCGCUGGGCCAGAACAGUAGCGGCGAGGAGGAGUCGCUUCACUGGCAGGACAUGAAGGAGAGCAGCAACCAGCAGGUGUGCAGGUGGCACGCCCUCCUCGAGGCCUAGGCGGACAGGUGGUGGAUGACGGAGACAGGAAUCCAACAGCAUCAACAGGAUCGGGCUUGGAAUGAUAAGGGGCACAUGAGUGGAACGAAUUCAACCGAAAAACAAAACGAGUCUCAAGAAUCAAAAUUCUCAAGAGUUGAUUCUUUUUAUUAUUAUUAUUAUUAUUAUUAUUAUUAUUAUUAUUACUGUUAUUAUCAGUCACUAUAAUCUUUCCUAUUGUUCUAUUUUCACCAGGAACAUAAGCAGGUAUGUGAUAUAAAAAAAGUUUAGAAUGUCAUAUCUAAUAAAACCCAAUAUAUCAUGAUCCUUUUUCACCAAAAAUCCAGUAACCAGUGUCAUGGCUGCCGUCAUCACACUUUCUGUCCUUUUCCCCAUUCUGAACGAGUAACUCGGCUCAGUCGUGUUAUACCUUCAGGUCAAAACACCUUAAAGCUCUUCUUAAAGGAGAAGUUCACUUCCAGAACAAAAACCUACUGAUAAUCCCCCCCCCCUUGCCAUCC